ACUACUAUCAAUAUUAAUAUGCACAUUAAGUAUAGUAGCUAAGUGCUUGGUCUAGUGUGUAUUUCUCUUCUGUUAAGAAGGAUUCGUUUUUUUAUUAGCAGGACACACAUUAGACUAAUCUCCUUGAAGAUGACAGUGGUAACUAUUGUAUCUAACAGGAAGGGAAGUUAACCUAAAACAACAACAAAAUAUUCAUAGUUGCAACUGGUUCUUCGUAUUUCAGUUCAUGGAGAUCUACUUUAUAAGGACGGUUAGCUUUCUGUGACCUGUUUAACACUAGGACCUGUUUAACAAUGGGACCUGUUUAACACUGUGACCUGUUUAACAAUUGGACCUGUUUAACACUCUGACCUGUUUAACAAUUGGGCCUGUUUAACACUGUGACCUGUUUAACAAUUGGGCCUGUUUAACACUGUGACCUUUUUAUCAAUUGGACCUUUUUAACACUGUGACCUGUUUAACAAUUGGACCUGUUUAACACUGUGACCUGGUUAACAAUUGGACCUGUUUAACAAUUGGACCUGUUUAACACUGUGACCUGUUUAUCAAUUGGACCUGUUUAACAGUGUGACCUGUUUAACUAUUGGACCUGUUUAACACUGUGACCUGUUUAACCAUUGGACCUGGUUAAAAUGGGACCUGUUUAACACUAGGACAUGUUUAACACUGUGACCUGUUGAACACUGUGACCUGUUUAUUGCUGCGAACUAAUCAAGGGUUAAAAGGAGUGUGUCAGACGAGAGGUUCACACACACUAGUAGCUACAAAGUCAACACUGGAUGAAGAUGUUUCCAUCUUUGUCAUUUGUGAUUUUCAUUCUUUUAAAGCCUGUUCUCUUUGUUUCCGGUCAAAUCUCAAAUUCUACAGAAUCGCCAGAGAAUGUUUAUGUCAAGCUGACGUUUAAAAUACCAACAAGCGUUGGACAACCAGGCCGAACUAUCAUCAAACUAGAACGUGGUGAUGGAAGUCCAUCCCAAGAUGUAUUAUUUAUCAACAAUCUUGACUUCAGCACCAGAGUUCAGGAGGCCUAUACCAACAGGUUAACUGUAACAACUUUAGUCUCAGAGAGAAUAGUUGAGAUCUCAAUAUUAGGUGUCCAGUCACGUGAUGCAGGCAUGUACACGUGUUGGCAGGAUUCAGCAUUUAAUUUUCUAUCUUCGUUGACUAACUGUGGUCAUAAACUGACCAUUGUACACAAACCUUCGUCCAGUUACAUGGUCUUGAAUCCAUUCAUUAUCAGCGACACCAAGAUUAUAAAGAAAGAGUCGGAAGAGUUGACCAUCACUUGUGCCAUAAGAUGUGUUCCAGUCUGUGAUGUGCGCUGGUCUUUUAAGGCUUUCAAUGCCCUUAAGUACCAAACGUUUUGCUCCAGUUUCAGUUCGAUACCACUGGAUGAGUCACACACGUUGAGCUUAAGAGUCAAACGAACAGACCAAGGAACUUACAGAUGUACUGGAAGCAACAAGCAUGGACAAGCUUAUAAACAGUUCGAACUGGAAGUCCACUAUAUCAGCACAGCUGUAGUUCGAGUCAAUGAAAAGCCACACAACGAGAGUGUAAUCCUCCUGGUAGAGAAAGAGCACGCACGACUUCAGUGUAUUAUUGAUGCGCAUCCGGCACCAAAGUUGGCCUGGAACUCUCCAACUCGAGUUUUGUUGUUAGAAGAAGGAAAACCUUCACCCCAAGUCUCAAGCAGAGUUUUACAAAACAAUUACACCAGUUCCUACACUCUGAACUCUGUCCAAUGUGAAGACAUUGGCAUAUAUUCUUGUGAAGGCUACAACAGAGCUAGCUCAGUUGAAAAAAAGAUUUUCAUCUUUGUCUUGUGUCCACCAAGCUCUGCAGAUAUCCCUCUCCUGAAGCUGGAACAAAACUAUGUUUGGGAUGUGUCCAAAGUGUUAAAUUUUUCUUUUGUCAUCAAAGCUUACCCAGAACCUAAUGUCACCCGAGUUGUUUCAAUGGUUGAUAGUAGCACACGUACUGAAGACAUGACCAAAGAUGUUUUCAUAACAAAAAUGAGUACGUAUGAUGGAAGAAAUUACCUGACAAAAUUCACAUUUACCGUCAUUCGAACCCUUGACAAUAAGGACAUCAACAGAGUGUUUACAUUGACAUUUCAGUCCAAGUAUUUUACAAGAGAAUUGCAGUUUGUGGUUAGACCAAGAGAGAGAACAAUCUUGAAUGUUGGUGUUAUUGCUGGUAUUGUCAUCUCUGUCGUAAUCGUCAUCUUCACAUUGUUGACUAUAGUCAUCAUUAGAAGAAAAUCAGCUUGUAGUAGCAGAAGUGGUGAGACCAGAGAUGUUCAUGUUCCAUGUCACUCAACGGAUCAAGCUGAGACAAACGAUGAUCAGAGAUAUACUGAUGUUGCAGGAACAUCUCGAGAGCUUUACGUUAAUGCCGUUGCCAAGGGGAGAGAUGAGAAAUGUAGGCCUACUAAAGCAACUGAUGUAUACGACACAUGUACUCAAGACACUGAUACAGAUGAAGCACAUUAUCAGUCUCUUGAUGUUAUUAAUACUGAUAACAGAACUCCAGAUCAGAGGAACACGUCUGCGGAAAUAUGUAAAACUACGGUUUGAGCUUGACACAGAGCUGUUACACAACGUAAAGACUCACUCUUUAUUUACUUCUAGAAACGUUUAAUGACAACUCGCUGAUCAUCGUGACUUCUUGGCGAAUUAAUCGGAAGGAAAGCAACAUUCGAUGUGUGGGACUUGUUCAAAGUGAUAAUAUAAUCUCCUAGAACUCUUCAAUACUUGCCAGCUGAUCGAUCACAAACAUCUUUGAAGUCUCAACACGAUCUUCAAAUAAAAAAUGUUUAUUCUUUAAAAGAAAA